AUGUUCGACGAGUACCUUCAUGUCGGGGAUACAACUGGCGGCAAAUGUCUCAAGAAAUUUUGUAAGUUAGUUGUGGAGCCUUUUAGCGACACAUAUUUGCGACGCCCGACUGCGAUGAUUGCCCAAAGCCUGAUGCGGAUGCACGAGACGGUGCACGGCUUCCCCGAGAUGCUAGGGAGCAUCGAUUACGAUCAGUUUGCCCAAUUUGUGAGAGGAGAGUCUUGUUUGCGGCAAAGCGGUGAGUCCGCGCGGAAGGAUGUGGAGCGGGCUUUUGGGGUGCUUCAAUCGCGGUGGGCAAUCCUGAAAGGUCCGACGCGUUUCUGGUACAAGGAAGUCAUCGCCGACGUCAUGUAUGCGUGCAUCAUCAUGCAUAACAUGAUAGUCGAACAAGAACGUGGACAUGUCACCGAUUGGGUUGAUGAUGAAGCCGGAUCUAGCUCCAGCACGGCGACCUCGCCUGUCACUCGAGGAUUACCGGUGGGCUUCGGUGCGGUUCUGCAGCGACAGGCCUCAAUGCGCAACCAACAAGACCAUACUCAGCUCAUGACCGACAUGAUUGAAGAAGUUUAG